ACUAGCGGCUGGGGCGGACCGCGGUCGCGUAGCUGACGUCAUCGCCGUGCGCUGCCACGUCUGCUCAGCUCCGCGGUAAUGGAGGCUGGGGAUGGGUGCUGAAGGUAUCAGGCUCUGGCUCUAGCUUUAGCUCUGGCACUGGAACUGCUUCGGAGUCUGGGUCUGAGUCUGGCAGCCCGAAGCCUGGACACCUUUUCUUGAUUCUCUAAGCGGGGGCUGCCUGCGUCCAAGCAGCUGGUUUGCAGCGUUUCAACGCGGGGAGGGAGUUCCCUUACCUGGGGUCCAGUCUGUAAAGUUGUCGCCGCUUUCUAGGGAUCCCGCCCCACCGGCUGGGACUUUUCCAUGCAAUUGAAACUGGUUGACAACCAUUAACCUGGGUUGCAACUACAGGUGGCACUGGAAGCAGACUGGUUCCUGGACAUGCCCGGUGGAAGGAGGGGCCCUAGUCGGCAACAGCUAAGCCGUUCAGCUUUACCUUCUUUGCAGACUUUGGUUGGUGGGGGCUGUGGCAAUGGAACAGGCUUGAGAAACAGGAAUGGUAGUGCUAUUGGCCUUCCAGUCCCACCUAUCACAGCCUUAAUCACCCCAGGUCCUGUUCGUCAUUGCCAAAUUCCUGACUUGCCUGUGGAUGGGAGCCUACUCUUUGAAUUCCUUUUUUUCAUCUACCUGUUGGUUGCUCUUUUCAUUCAGUACAUCAACAUUUAUAAAACAGUGUGGUGGUAUCCUUACAAUCAUCCUGCUUCUUGUACAUCACUGAAUUUUCAUCUCAUUGAUUAUCAUCUGGCAGCAUUCAUCACAGUGAUGCUUGCGAGGAGGCUUGUAUGGGCUCUCAUCUCAGAGGCUACUAAGGCAGGUGCAGCAUCAAUGAUUCACUACAUGGUUCUGAUAUCAGCUCGCUUGGUACUACUCACUUUGUGUGGAUGGGUACUUUGUUGGACCCUCGUCAAUCUCUUUCGAAGCCAUUCAGUCCUCAAUCUCCUUUUCCUUGGCUACCCGUUUGGUGUUUAUGUUCCUCUCUGCUGUUUUCAUCAAGAUAGUAGAGCUCAUCUUCUUCUCACAGACUAUAACUAUGUGGUUCAGCACCAGGCAGUAGAGGAAAGUGCCUCGACUGUGGGAGGCUUGGCCAAAUCCAAAGACUUUCUCUCCUUGUUGCUGGAGUCUCUAAAAGAACAAUUUAAUAAUGCCACACCCAUCCCCACCCACAGUUGUCCCCUAUCUCCAGACCUCAUUCGUAAUGAAGUAGAAUGUCUGAAAGCAGAUUUCAACCACAGAAUCAAGGAAGUUCUCUUCAACUCCCUCUUCAGUGCCUACUAUGUUGCAUUUCUCCCCCUGUGUUUUGUGAAGAGUACCCAGUACUAUGACAUGCGCUGGUCAUGCGAGCACCUCAUUAUGGUGUGGAUCAAUGCCUUUGUCAUGCUCACCACGCAACUGUUGCCAUCCAAAUACUGUGAUUUGCUACAUAAAUCAGCUGCUCACCUGGGCAAGUGGCAGAAGCUGGAACAUGGAUCCUACAGCAAUGCUCCCCAGCACAUUUGGUCAGAAAAUACAAUAUGGCCUCAAGGGGUGCUGGUGCGGCACAGCAGAUGUUUAUAUAGAGCCAUGGGGCCUUACAACGUGGCAGUGCCUUCAGAUGUAUCCCAUGCCCGCUUUUAUUUCUUAUUUCAUCGACCAUUAAGGCUGUUAAAUCUGCUUAUCCUUAUUGAGGGCAGUGUCGUCUUCUAUCAGCUCUAUUCCUUGCUGCGGUCGGAGAAGUGGAACCACACACUUUCCAUGGCUCUCAUCCUCUUCUGCAACUACUAUGUUUUAUUUAAACUUCUCCGGGACAGAAUAGUAUUAGGCAGGGCAUACUCCUACCCACUCAACAGUUAUGAACUCAAGGCAAACUAAGCUGCCUCUCAACAAUGAGGGAGAACUCAGAUAAAAAUAUUUUCAUACGUUCUAUUUUUUUCUUGUGAUUUUUAUAAAUAUUUAAGAUAUUUUAUAUUUUGUAUACUAUUAUGUUUUGAAAGUCGGGAAGGGUAAGGGAUAUUAAAUGUAUCCGUAAACAAGGUGAUGUGAUCUUUCAUGUGUUAGUAUAUUUGAAUAAUAUACAUAUGAGAGGUAUGCCUGUCCAGUAAAGAGAUUGAUUUGUUUGUAUGGCUCUGGAAUAACUCAUUCGUUUAUGAACACAUCUCAUGUAUUACUUGACGCAGUACCUUUGGUAUGUCUGCUUUUCUUUCCAUCUUCAUUAUCUUUAGCCCUCAGCUGGCCAGUAAUUAUUGCUAAAGAAAGGGAGAUCAGUGGAGUUGCCUACCAGCACCCAUUCUCUUUUAGUUCAGCUGGCUAAUAGUAUUGGAAUACAUUGGGAAAAGAGUGGGUUAAAGUCCUAGGUGGGGUUCUCUUUGUUGCCUACUAGGAGGAAGCAGUAGGCUUCCUUUCUAAGAUAGGGACUCAGCUGGUCUAUUUUACCCUGUGACAUGUAAAUAUACUUUUGAAUAAGCUACUCCUGAGGCUCAGGGUUUUGCUGCCACUUUUCCUGUUUUUCCACUUCUGCUUCCAAAGAUUUUCCUUUUAGUUGUUUGAAAUAAUACUUUGCAAGACAGGAAGUCUUUAGACUGCCCACAUUCAUGAAGGAGAUGAUGUGUGGCUAGAUCAGUAGAAGAAGCUGAGUAUCAAAUGCCUUGUUGGCUAGAGUAUCGGAAGGUUGAAAAUUCCAAGUAACUGGGAGAAUGGGCAAGUCCUCAGCUGAACAAUCUUGGAUGUAGUCUAGCAGCAACCCACCUACAAUGGCAUUGUGUUUGGAGUUACGAGAAGUGAAAGAUAAGAAUUACCUACAGCUUUGUAUUCAGAUAAUUUAUAUCCAAAAUUUGUGUCUCAAAUUUCAUACUCCAGAACUUUUAUGAGUAUUAGCCCUUUAGGUUAUGGGAGGUGAUAUACUUAAUCCAUUGAUAUUGUCACUUGUCAUCUAAAUUUAUGAGACCUUGUCUUAGAGAAUCUAAAAUAUAUUGUCAUAUGUUUUGUGUGCUGAGUUUGGUUUGUUACACUGUGAAACUUUUGGUGAGACAAAAUAAGACUUAUGAAGUAAAAAGACCAAUCAUGCAGUUCACAAGCUGGCUCUGAAAAUAAUUCUUGCAGAAGAGUUCUGAAAGGUUUCACCAAAGGAAGCAUUGUGAGGAGUGUGUAUAAAACCAAGGUACCCAAUAUCAGUUUAUGUUUAAAUUAAUAAUUGUUUCCUUAAAUAUUUUGAUGUGUAUCCUUUUUUUUAAGUUAACAUUAUUUGGCAUUCAGUCUGAGUCUGUUCAACCAUUCAACAAAGAUACAUUAACCACUAGGCACUAUACUAGGCCCUGGGGAUACAGCAGUGAAUGAGAAAUGCAAAGGUACUACCUGCACAGAGCUUAAAAUAUGCAUGGGGUGGGGGAGUUAGGUGGUGCAGAAAAUACAGCAAAUAAAUUUAUGUAUAAUGUAACAUUCCCUGGUAGUAGUGAUAAGUGCAGUAAAGGGAAAUCAGGGCAAGGAAAUGGUAAGAAUGGCACUGCUAGAAGGCAUCUUUGAGGAGAUGAUUUCUGAGCAAAGCAAAAGCAAGACUGAAUCAUAUAAAUAGCUUUGGGGAGAAUUCCAUGUUACAGUAGCAGCAAGGGCACUGCCCUGAGGUGGGGACAAGUUGGUAUAUUGGAAGAAUAGCACUAAAAUAAGUAUAUUAGGUUAGUUGCUUUUUAAAGUAGUUCAGCCUAAAUAUAGUGGUUCUUGAGAUAGGGGUGGGAAGGAUAGGGAAUCUGCCAUUUCUCUGUGCUUUCCGUAGGAUCUUAAAAUAUGCUUCUCUUGGCAGCAAACAUUUUGAUGAGAUUACUCAGUAGUUUAGAGCAAAAUGGGUGGCAUGGGCACAGAGAUAUCUCAUCAAAAUUGCCCCAACUUGGCUCUAGCUUGGAAAAGUAACCCAGAUAACCCUGAUUAGAGGUAACAGACCAGUCUUAUAAACUGAUAUGAUGCCCCUUCUGGCUUGAUCUGUCUUGGUCCUGUCCUAAGGGAAUAGCACAGAACCAGAUACUGGCUUGGCUAAAUAAAUAAAUGGAUAUAAGAAAUAAAUAAAAAUUAAUUUUGGCUAAUGGAAUUGCAAAGUUCCUCCUACCCUCACCUCCAGAUAUGGCAGCAUAAGGGGCAUAAGACCAUUUAGUUCAACGUGUUCUACACAUUCCAGCUGUUUUUUUGUUUUUGUUUUUGUUUGUUUUGUUUUUGUAGGGGCCACGUUCAUGGAAGAGAGAAAAAUUACUAGUUACCUGAAUAUCCUAUUAUAGUUCAUGUAACAGAAGGGACACCAUAUUUGCUCAGUGAUAGUAGAAAAAUGUGUAAUCAUUAAAUAAUGACCUUUUUUGUAA